AGGGAACCGAGGGAACACGCAUCGCAUCGCGUUGUUAGUUGAUUUUUCAUCGUCCAUGGAGUUCAAACAGUGUUCUGUUCCACAAGUUCUUCGCGUUUGUGACUUUGUAUAAUAGCUCAUAUUUCAAUUUAUACGUUGAAACCAGGUUGAAACAAACAAAAACAGUGACCAAGAUAAUGGAAAGCAACUCCGAUCAACCCACCGAAGCUCAGGAAUCAAACAAUAAUGGAAAUGCAUGCAUCGACAACGUCGAGAACGAAGAACCUACUGUGGCCAACCCCAGCAGUCCAACCGAAAAGGACGACAAGUACUAUCAGGAUGCCAAGAAGUACUGGUCAAAGAUUUCCCCUACGGUGGACGGGAUGCUGGGAGGAUUCGGAAGCAUUUCGUUUACGGACAUUCGUGGAUCGGAGCAGUUCUUGAAGAAUCUGUUCAAGCUGAAACCGGCCCCGGGUCGGUUGCAGGCCCUGGACUGUGGUGCCGGAAUUGGACGAGUUAGUAAAAACCUCUUGAUGAAUUCGUUCGAACGGGUCGAUCUUGUGGAACAGGACGCUCAGUUUUGCGCCAAAGCGGAGAGUGAGCUGAGCCCGAGUGGGAAGUUGGGGACGGUGUACAACGUGGGGCUGCAGGAUUUUCGCCCCGAGGAGGACAAGUAUGAUGUGAUUUGGUCCCAGUGGGUGCUCGGUCAUCUGACCGACACCGACAUCGUGGAGUUUUUCUUCCGUUGCACGAAGGCACUGAAGAAGAAUGGCAUAAUGGUGAUGAAGGAGAAUUUUACCAAUACCGACGAGGUGGAGAUGGAUCGGCAGGACUCUUCGGUGACGAGACCGCUGCAGGUGAUGAAACAGCUGCUGACGAGGGGAAAUUUACGAGUCGUUAAGGAACAGAGGCAGAAGGACUUUCCGAAAGGAUUGUAUCCCGUGCACAUGAUUGCGGUGAGACCGAUAAUAAAUAGCUGAAAGCAAACAUGA